UCCACUAUGGACAGAGCCUCCACGGAGCAGCUGCCUGCCCACCACAGACCCAGCUGACAUGGGGACUGCUGGAACAACGCAGCUGUGCCGGGUGAUCCUGAGCUUCCUCCUGCUCCAAGGCCACAACUCCCAGCCCACAACAAUGCAUCCCUCUAGCCGUCAGGGAGCCAUCAGUCUAAGUCUGACUAUACAGCCAACUUCUCCCAACACAGCUGCUCCAGAGAACGCCUCACAGGUCCCCACAGUACCCAGUAAACCUGUGAUGCCAAGGUCAAGCACCAUGGAUGGUCACUCCCCAUCCCAGCCACAAGAGCACACACCAGGAUUUGACACCUCUCAAAAUGUUACUUCCAAAUUGGCCACCACGAGCCCGAGGACAAGAGAAGACCCCACCAUUCUGCCCAGCCCUAUGUCAGAGCAAGUGCUCACUGUGGCUGCAUUUGGUGUUAUCAGCUUCAUUGUCAUCCUGGUGGUUGUGGUGAUCAUCCUGGUCAGUGUGGUCAGUCUAAGGUUUAAGUGUCAGAAGAACAAGGAAUCUGAAGAUCCCCAGAAACCUGGGAGUUCAGGGAUAUCUGAAAGCUGCUCCACAGCCAAUGGAGAGAAAGACAGAAUCACCCUCAUCUCCAUGAAGAAUAUAAACAUGAAUAACAGCAAAGGAUGCCGCUCAGCAGAGAAGGUUCUUUAAAAGUAACCGUGGGUCCCUAUGAGUACGAGGAUGAUGAAGCUGCCCUGUUCCUGAAAGAAGGAAGGUGAUGCCCUAACCGGUUUGGCUCAGUGGAUAGAGCCUCGGCCUGCAGACUGAAAGGUCCCAGGUUCGAUUCCGGUCAAGGGCAUGUACCUUGGUUGUGGGUACAUCGGGGAUGUGCAGGAGGCAGCUGAUCGAUGUUUCUCUCUCAUUGAUGUUUCUAACUCUCUAUCCCUCUCCCUUCCUCUCUGUACAAAAUUAAUAAAAUAUAUUUUAAAAAAAGAAGGAAGGUGAUAUUAUCAGUAGAGGCAAUAAGCCACCUAUAAAUUAUUUCAUUGUUUCACAUCUACUCCCAGCUCUAAAGGAUACUAAUAUUCCUCCAGAUCUGGGAGCAAGCUAACAAUAUGAGAGACUCUU